GAACAUCUCCCGGGGAUGAGGAGUAAGAUUUUACCAUAUACAUCAUGUUGCCAGAGUUACAUAUAGUACAAUCUGAUGACUGGUUCCCUUUAUCAGGUAUUUCUGGGUAAACCUCAGGAUAGGGGAUAGCUAUCUGACUGCAGUGGGUCACAGUGCUGGAACACCAAUUAUCAGUCUGGGAAACAGAGCCUUCCGCCAUCCCUGAGAUAAAGGAUCACUUGUAUCCCUAGUCAAACCCCUAUAAGAUGUGUCUUAAGUGAAUUCACACACAAGAUUUGUUGCAGAACAUAGCCUUCCAGCAUUCUUCCUACACCAUCAUGGUCAUAUGAGUGAAAAAAAAUAAUAAUUUGGCCAUCCCAGUCUGAAUCGUGACUGUCAUCUAUUCACACAGACGGAUAGGAUUCCCUUAGACGCUGACUUGUUUAAUUGACUUCCUACAAAUCUGGACUGAGCACAAGGGUCUGUGAUGGGAACAUAAGAUCCAAGCUUUAUACAGAGGACAAGAAACAAGUGGCUCUGUUCUGUUCCCUGCACAAGUCAAACAGUUCGCUUGGUCUCCUGGCCUCUGAGCGCCCCACGCCAAGCACACCAGCCAGUCGGAUGGAUUAUCCUUGAAAGGAGCCGAAUAUACAGAGCCCGUGCGGUGCAUCAAGACAUUUCCCAUGUGUCCAUGGUGUCAUUCUCAUCUCAUUUAUUAUCCAUGGGAUCCAAAGGGUUACAGUACCACACAGGGGAGGAGACUGGUAUAGGAACAUGUCACACACAGAAGCCUUCUUGUGUUUCCAGCUUAUUACCAGUCAGAAGACAGAAGCUGAGCGGAUGUGAAGAAGACAACUUGAGGAUGUCUCCUGGACUUAUUAAAAAUGCCCUCUUAGCUGGUGGAUUUUUUGGGUACCUGUUGGCAGGUGCCAUGGUGUUUCAGAUGUUGGAACAAGGUGCGGAGACAGAGGUGCAGGUGAAAACAGAGCAGCACAGGUUGGACUUUCUGAAGAAUUACACUUGCCUUACACAUGAUGCCCUGGAACAUCUCAUUAAUGUUAUUGCAGAUGCAGUUAAACAUGGGGUAAACCCUUUACUAAAUGGAACUUCACAGAAGCAGACAAACUGGGAUCUCAGCAGCUCCUUCUUUUUUGCUGGUACUGUGGUAACCACUGUUGGAUAUGGAACUAUUGCACCCAAAACUGCGGGUGGACAGAUCUUCUGCGUGUUUUAUGCCUUAUUUGGAAUCCCCUUGAAUGUCAUUGUUCUUAGCCAGGUUGGCAAUAGGCUGUCCUGCUGUUGUAAAGGGCUUGGAAAGAGUCUGCACAGGAAGGGUAUGGAAAAGAGAAAGGCAAAAAUUGUGACAAUAUUAUUUUUCCUGGUGACUGGAGUUAUUGUCUUUUUGGCAAUACCACCAUUGCUCUUUAUGGUGACUGAAAAGUGGACAUACCAAGAAGGAGUUUACUACUCCUUCAUCUCCUUGAGCACAAUCGGCUUUGGUGAUUAUGUAGUAGGAUCUGGACCUAAAGGUACUCACCCAUUUGAAGGAUACCGGGCCUUGGUGUACUUUUGGAUCAUAUUUGGCCUUGCAUGGCUUUCACUACUGAUAACCUUAUUGACUUCACUUUUGAAAAAUACAGAAAAGAAAAUAGAAAAAGAUCUCCAGAAAAUAAGGAAUCACAAAAAAGAAAAACAUAACCAAGAAAUGGUCAUGGAACCACUGACCUCCUCAGGGCUAGCACUAAAUACAAAAGAAAAAUCAAUGGACAAAUCUUAGCUUUCUACUUAAAAAUCCUUUAAAUCUGUUUAAGCUUUUUCCAUGUAACAUUUCCAAUAGAAGCACCUGUGUUGUGUACAGUCAUGGCCGAAAAUGUUGGCACCCCUGAAAUUUUUCAAGA